GCUCAACGUGUUGGAUCAAGUUUGAUACCGUUUUUUGCAUUUCAGCCCACUAGUACCGCGAUGUCCGAACUAUACAAGGAAACUCCACUCAUCUUAUCUCAUGCCUUAUCGCGACCAGAUUUUGCAGUCUACCUUAAAUUCGAGGUGCGUCCACUGCUCUCGGAUCUGAUUUCGUACUAUUCGACGAAUUCAGACAGUCCAACCCGGCAUGUCCUUCAAGUCUCGGGGUAUCUCCAACUUUGCGAAGCAUGCGAAAGAAGAUCGCGGAGAAACUGUUCAUCUAGUCAUUGCGUCUGGCGGAAACGCUGGGAUCGCGGCAGCUUGUGCAGCCAGAUCGCUGAACGUCAAAUGCACUGUGUUUAUUCCAGCAGGGGCAUCUCCAGCUAUUGUAAAAUUUCUGCAGAACCAGGAUGCCCGCACUGUAGUGGGCGGGGUAAAAUAUUCGGAUGCUUUGGAGGCUGCGAAGCAGCUAGCUUCCCAGGACGUGAAUGCCGUGCUGGUGCCUGCCUAUGAUGACCCUGUCGUGUGGGAAGGACACGCAAGUCUUAUUCAUGAAACUGUCAAACAGUUGCCUGAACCGCCCAGUGUCAUCCUCUGCUCUGUUGGAGGUGGAGGUUUGCUAGGUGGUGUAAUCGCCGGUUGCGCUCAAGUUGGUUGGGAUUCUGUACCAAUCGUGGCUCUGGAGGCUAUUGGCACGGACUGCUUCUACCAUACGAUGGCUUUGAACAGACGAGGGGACAAGGCUGCUUUGCCCCCUGGAGUGACUGUCGUGCACGAUGAGAUUCACAACGUGGACCUGGCUCAUUUCAGUUCAUUCCAUUCCAAGGCAUCAGGCUCUCUCGGAGCCUCACAGCCCGCGGCUGGGGUAGUAAAAAUGGCGCUGGAGAGAAGCGGUCCUGUGUUUUGUGUCACGGUUCCGGAUGAACUAAGCAUGCAGGCGGCCUGUGCAUUCGUAGAUGACCACAAGACGAUGGUAGAACUGGCAUGCAGCACAACGCUUGUCGCGGCGUACAAUCCAGAACUCUUGGAUCGUAUCGUUCCUCAAGAUGGAAAGCGGCGAACAGCCUUGUUUGUCGUGUGCGGUGGCUUCAAGGUCUCGCUCGAAGACCUUGCAGGGUAUGCACAGCACUUGCAGACAUAUAGCGGCCCGUUGAACGCCUUCUGCGACGGAGAGGAAUUGAAAAUAAAGUUCUAGAAUCGUGUACGGGGUGUGGGGUAGCUAUUAUUAGCACUAGCAUAGACACAUGGGCAAAACCAACGACGAAAGCGGACUUCCCGUAGGUAUCACUAGUCAGGCCCGCAAGAGAAUUGACUUCCCAAUGCUCAAACCAGUUUUGGUUUCUCGUCCGUAGCUGCAGCUUCGCGCGCACGAGCCCGUUCGGAACGUUCCUGCUUGAUCCGUUCCAGUUCUUCACGGACGCGAUGCUGCUCGAAGGGAAUUACCCGAACGGUUUUUUCGAUGGGAGGUAACAUUUUGUUUCGAUACUGUUUCGGAAGAGUUACACGGUUUCGGCCGGUAGAAGAGAGGCUUACUGGGACUACAUAUGCAUUGUACCACGCAGGGUCCCCGAAAUAAACCAAAGAGGCGAUGGGAACGAACAGGUACACGGCAAACUUGAAAACCUCGAGGUUGG